UGGUUGAACCCCUAGUGCCUAGAUGAUCGUGCCACAUGAACGUAGUGUAAGCGCAUUGACGUGAUCAAGUGCUGCAAGUGCUAGCUCUUUGGGCCUGCAAAUGCCCUUUCGUAAACAAAAAUGGCAGAAAAUCUUAAUCUUCCCCCGUCAUGUGCAGGUUUACCUGCUGGCACGGAAGAUCAUUCUGAUGACGAAGAUGGACUUUGCAUUAUAAUCGAUGGCGAUGCAGCUUCAAGUCUGAUUGUAGAUGAGGUUCGUGUACCCUAUGCUACUUCGCAACCACCAAGUGGAAAUCUUCAUUUAGAGUGGGAUUCUGUAAAGUCAGUGAAGCCAUCAUCAGAAACUCCAUUUCACGACUAUCAAAAUGGGUCAGACUCUGGUUGGACGUAUUCUCAGCCAUCACCUAACAUUUUAGGUGCUUCAAAACGGGACAAACAGGGAUUUCCCAUUGUCUUGGAUGAUUUUAGAAUUGCAGUUUGCCGAGGAAACUUGCAGGAAGUGGAAGCUUUUCAUUUAAGAGGAGUUGCAGUAGACACAACAUUGCGAGCAGGAUGGACAGCUCUAAUGUACGCUGCUUUCUAUGGACGAAUUCAAAUCUUGGAGUUUCUUUUGGAAAGAGGAGCUGAUGUUAACUUUAAUAAAGCAUCAUAUAUGUACACUCCCCUAAUUGCUGCUGCAUCUAGUGUACAGGAGGAGCAUUAUGUGACUUCAUGUUUAACCAUCCUGCUUGAGAGAGAUGCUAGUCCGAAUGUGCAUGAAAGAAGUCAUAUGACACCUCUGAUGUUUGUGUCAAAAAAUGGAAACCUGAGUGCAGUGCAGAAAUUACUUGAAUUUGGAGCUCAGACAGACAGACAAGACAACCGAGGAUGGACGGCACUUUGUUAUGCUGCCAAUCAAGGAUUCACCAGUAUUGCUGAAUGUCUUCUAAAUGCUGAAGCUGAUAUUCACAAAAGAUGUUCGGAGGGAACAGCACGUGAUAUUGCCUGUAAUCGAGGUUAUAUUGAGCUUACAGAACUGAUAGAUAAGUCAGUCAGUAUAUCAGCUGGCGAGAAAGAUCCAGUGAGACAUGCUUUGGAAGGUCUUCAGUUUUCACAACCUUCUAGGCCCAUUCAAAUGCAACCAGAAAACUCUUUAUCUACAAACCAGAUCAGCAGUGCUUAUGGAGAAGGAUGUGAUGACCUGGACCUGUUUCUCUGUGGUUUAGACCUUGGUCACCUCAGCCAUUGUUUUCAUCAGCAAGCAAUCAAGUUCUCUGUCCUCCUACAGAUGUCAGAGGAAGAUCUGGAAAAGAUAGGCAUAAACAAGUACGGAUGGCGACAAAAGAUAAUGGAUGCUGUACAGGAAAUUCACAAAAGAAAAUGGGAACCAGGAAGUGUGCAGGCCACUGGCAAAAGGAUUCUCAGCCAUUCAGAAUCCAUGGCUCUGAUUAAAAAUAUAACCAAGCACGUGGCUUACAUUGGAAGCAGUAUUACGUAUGUGGGUAAUAACUGGAAGGCCCACAAAACAUUGUUUGAUGAACAAGAUGACCCAGUCAAUCUACAGAGAUUAAUGACGGAGACGGACGAAGGACUCAAUAAGACCAUCAGGCUUUUUGAGGAAUUUCGGAAACUUAAAGGCCAGCUGAACCAGGCAACCAACUCCGAGACGGUACUGCCUGCAGAUUUGAUCCUUGAUUCAGAAGAUAUGCCAAGGAUUGGUAGGCGCCUAACUGCCAUUUUUGCAGUUACCCUGCUGACUACAAGUUUAUUUGUUCUAUUCAGGAGAAACAGUAUUCAAACAAUUGUGAGAACUGGAAUUUGAUCGUGCAUUUCUUUGAACUGAUUGCUCUGUGUGAAUGCUGCAAAAAAAAUCUGAUCUUCUGUGCACAAAGUGUGUAGAUGUAGAUGCCUUUGAUAUUUUUGGAAACACUGCAAAUUACAGUGUCUAAAUGGUUUGAGAAGAAAGCCCCAUCCAAGUCCCAAACUUGUUUGUUUGCUGUUCUAUUUAACUUUUGGGGGUUCUAAUUGGCCUAUGCGUAAAGUUUGUGGAAAAUUUCAUAUUUUAUUUCAGGAUUGUCUUUGGUAUAGUUGCGGAAAAAAUACUGUUUUUGUUAAGAAAUGUAUUGUUUUUCUUAGAUAUUGAAAGCAUUUUUCUGAUAGGCAAUUUCAAGAUUCAGAACAAUGACAUGAUCAAACUUGGCACAGGCAAAGAAUGAUGAAAGUGUGCAUAAUGAAGUCAUGUGUUGCAUGACAUCCCAAAUGUGCAUUUUUUUCGUUGUCCUAUACAGGGUGUUUCAUAAAAAAGGAAAGAGCUCAUUUUGUUGAUUCCUCGGGUAUGACUAAUUAUUUAGGUAACCACCAUCUGUUGCAUAACCAUGUCUUCUUUUUCUUGACACCACAAACUCUAUUUUACAGUCACGGAUGA